AAAGAGCCGGCGCCGGCGGGGGGCGAAGCGGCCCCUGCCCUUCCCUUCAGAGCCGGGGGCAGCAAGGGCUCCAUGAUUAUCCAGAAUCUGAACUGGAGCAAUCUGGCAUACCACCAUCUGCUGAACCACCUGAAGACCACACACACACCUACAGCUGAAUCUGUACCAUCCCUGGAUGACUUACCUGGCGUGGAAACACCAACAUCUGCAGCCCAGCCAUCUGUAGUGGAGCUACCAGUGUCUGCAGACCAGCUGGCUGUCAAGAAACCACCACGUUCUGAGGACCAGUUCCUGCUCUUUGUAUAAUCUGCAUGCAGGGAAAGCUCACCUGAGAUCAGAUCACCWGUGGAUGAACUUGCAGGUUUCCAAGUCAAGAUGUAUGCCUCUGACUCCACACAGGAUAGCAGUAACACAGUUGAGACUCUGUUGACAGCAGCAGAGCUUAAUUUUCAAUCAGUGGAAAAUCCAGAGGCAUUUGGAGACCCCUAUCAACUCGCCAUYAAUUAUGUGGAGGAACAUAAAAUUCUGGAGAUAUUUCAGGACAUCACAGAAAAACUGGUGUUCCAUCAGCCUGAUGACCCCUUGCAGUUUAUAUUGCAGCAGGUGCAGUCUCUGAUAGAUGCCAGGCAAGCAGAACCAGCUGCACAGAUAACACCAGAGAACACAGAUGCAUAGGUGUCUCCAGAAGAGGGCCAGUACACUCCUUUUGGCCCCUGCUGACUGUGCUCUUAUGGUAUUGCCACACUAUGCCUUCACAGCCCCAAACAGUCAUUGGCAAUAACUUGGAAAACUCUGCUUGUCUGUCUCUUGCCUGGUUUCUCUGUUUUGUGUGCUUGUGCUUCCCCUUGGGUUUAAAUCCAACAACAAGGUAUUGGUUUGGAAUCACAGACUGAGAUCUAAGUGUUCAUGGACCUGCAUGCAUAUAUUGCACAUUUGAAGGGGCAGGUCUGCUGAGCUCCUAUGUAUAUAAAUGCUUAAAUCCCAUAUUUAGGCCACCCCAGACUGCCUUUCUGU